AAAACAGUGUGUCAAUAAUUGGGACGACGGCAGUUUGACAGCUCGAUUGAAAGUCGAAAUCUGGUCAAAGCUGAAUCUGGACAUGUCAGCGAUUACAAAGGCGAGGAUUCGGAUUGAUGUCGUUAGUGACAUCAUCUGACCAUGGUGUUGGGUCGGAAAGAGAAAAAUGGAGCAAGCGAUGGAAAUGUUGAAAGAUAAAUACGACUUCACCGUUCGCUGGGAACCAUUUUUCCUCCGAUCCGAUACUCCUCCUGAAGGCAGGCCCAAACCAGCAGCCUACAUGGACCCUUCCAACCCAAGAUUGAACCACCUGGUAAAGGCUGGUGCAGCCAUUGGUUUGGUAUUUGCCAACAAGAGCCCAAUAUUUCCCAGCACACUGAAACCUCAUGCCUUAAUGGAGUUCGCUAAAGAAAAGAAUGAUGGCAUCCAUCAAAAUGAUAUUGCAGAAAAACUCUUCAAGAAAUACUUCACUGACGGCGAUAUUCUGGGUGAGGAGACACUACUUGGCGUGGCUGAUGAGGUGGGACUGGACAGGUCAGAAGUCAGCUCUUACCUUAACGACAAAGAUGCCCUACAGAAGGUGUUUACAACAGCCACACAAUGGUCAGCACAAGGGAUAUCAGGUGUGCCCACAUUCUACUUCAAUGGGAAGCAGGUGUUUUCUGGAGCCCAGGACACGGACACCUUCACGAGAAUGUUUGAAGUUGUUCAUGAAAGGUUUCCACUACAAACUGACAGUAAGAAGUAAAUUAUGGUGGGGAGAGGAAUUGUAAUAACACUACAGAGAAUGCCAAGGAAAGAAUUACCAUUAUAAUCAGUAUUAUAACACGAUUUGUUUGCAACGCGUGUUUUGAUUGGAUACGCACCAUGGAUACGCAUUUAUGGAAUAUCAUAAAGCCUCAAACUGAGCUACAUUACCUUGAUAUAAACCAAAUAACUAUGCAAUUAAUGAGGUAUUUGAUAUCUCGGAGGAACUCAUAUUGCCCAAUGGAAGAGUCGACUAUAAUAUGAAUUAAUUUGUUGCCAUUGUUAGUCGUAUUGUGAUAUAUACAUUGUAGAUAGUGAAUGUGAUAUGGUGGACAUAUGACGAUCGGUAUACCUAAAGUCAGUAGUUAUCGACCUGAUGGCAUACCUACCCUCACUUUUCUUACUUACACUGCAUAUACCACACGACUAUCUAUCAUACAGAGAGUGUAACCACGUGAUAUUAAGUCUAUAAGCAAGUGAUUGAAACGUCACAGUGAUGUCUGUGAGCUUAAAAUCAAAAUAUUUGAGACAUUUGUGAAAAUCAUUCUGGAUAUUCAUGCUAGGUUCCUGAAUUCAUAUCCAAUUUAUUUCAGAUUAAUGAUACAAUGAUAUAGAAAUUAAUACAGUAUCUAACAUUUCAUCAGCACUGAUCUGUUAUAUAUGAAGAGGAUAUCUACAAAGAAAGAUAAUUGGUAAGACUUCUGUGACUUUGUUUUCGAAAAUUGCUUAUCAUGAUUUUGGUUAUUAUUUUGUGAUUUUGAUAAUAAAUUAUAUUAUGUAUAUGUCUUG